AUGACCGUCCAGGUGGUAGACGCGCCACCCCCGUCUGAUCUGGAGGUUGGUGAGCUGCGCAAAGACAGCACCCAGGUCGAUCCUGAGUACUUGGAUGACGAGAAGGUCGCUUCGCCGCCGUAUCGGCAGGACCCGUAUGGCGAUGAGGAGUUCGCGGAGGUGAAGUACAAGGUGUUGAAGUGGUGGCAAUGCGGUUUACUCAUGGUCGCCGAAACUGUCUCCCUGGGUGUCUUGUCCCUCCCCGCCGCCGUCGCAGGCCUCGGUCUGAUCCCUGCAAUUAUCAUCCUCAUCGGUCUCGGCCUCCUCGCCACAUACACAGGCUAUGUGAUCGGGCAAAUGAAAUGGAGAUACCCGCACAUCACAACAAUGGCCGACGCCGGCGAGGUGAUUGGCGGCAAAUUUGGACGCGAGCUGCUCGGCAUCGGCCAGAUGCUGUUUCUGAUUUUCAUCAUGGCGAGCCAUCUGCUCACGUUCACGGUGGCGAUGAAUACCAUCACGGGCCAUGGGACUUGUUCGAUUGUGUUUGGGGUUAUGGGAUUGAUCAUCUCGUUCUUGUGCUCGUUGCCGAGGACAUUGGUGAAAAUGUCGUGGUUGUCUCUCGUUUCAUUCGGAAGCAUCAUGACCGCCGUCCUAAUCACCAUGAUCGGCGUCGGCAUCGAGAAACCCGACAUGCAUAUCGUGCCCGUCGUCCACACAGAUCUGUUCCACGGCUUCUCAGCAGUGUGCAACAUCGUCUUCGCCUUCUCGGGCCACGCCGCCUUCUUCGGACUGAUGGCUGAACUGCGCAAUCCUCGCGAUUUCCCAAAGUCCCUGUGUCUGCUUCAGGGCCUCGAUAUCUCACUCUAUCUCGUCGCUGCGCUCGUCAUCUACCGCUACGCAGGAGAUGAUGUCAGUUCGCCGGCACUGGGCUCUGCUUCGCCGGUUGUUGCUAAAGUUGCGUAUGGGAUUGCCCUACCUACAAUCAUCAUCGCUGGCGUGAUCAACGGCCACAUCGCAUUUAAAUACGUCUACACGCGCAUCUUCAGCGGAACAGACCGCAUCCACAAGCGCGACUGGGUGGCCAUCAGCUCGUGGGUGGGCAUCGCGCUGGCCCUGUGGAUUCUCGCGUGGAUUAUCGCCUCUGCUAUCCCCGUAUUUAGCAGUUUGCUCAGCUUGAUCACGGCACUGUUUGCUAGCUGGUUUAGCUAUGGAUUGAGCGGUAUCUUCUGGUUGUACAUGAAUAAGGGUCUUUGGUUUUCAUCUCCGCGCAAGAUCGCGCUUACGGUCCUUAAUUUUACGCUCGUGGGUAUUGGCGCGACUUUGUGCGGUCUCGGCCUUUAUGUCUCUGGCAAGGCUAUCCAUGAUAACCCGAGCAGUGCCAGUUUCUCGUGUGCGAAUAAUGCGACAUAA